AAAAGGAUUAGUCGCUAACGCGGAAGUGACCGGGGAAUAUAACUGAUUAAAUUAACGUUAUUUUGUGUUUUUCUUUAGUUUUUGAUGUUAAAAUACAGUCUCUGUAUGUUUGUUUUUGUUUUAUCUUGAUGUCCGUGUCGAUUUUACCGUGAGAAACCUUUGUUAUGAGGACAAACGUCGGUCUGAAGUCAUCGUCUUAUCCUUUAAAAAACUGUCCCAGACCGAAACAAGGAUGUAGGUGAAACUCCGGGGACACUUCUCUACAAGUUUAUGCUGAGGACUAAAUAAAAACCAUUUCAGGACAUAAAUGAAGAGUAAGAAGCUGAACCGAAGGUGGGUACGAUUAGUUAUAUGAAACUUUGUGUUUUCAGUGACUUUGAUUUAUCUUCGUGGCUUAACUGCUGCAACUAAACUGAGAUUUAUGCCUUUUUGCUGUUAAACUGAAGCCUUUUAAUGAACUGUAGCCUCUGUUUGGAAAAAAUAGACAAGUUUAACAAAAUCUUUCUUUUGUCUUUUAAAACUUUUUAAUCUUAAUAUAACUUAACAGAUGUACACACAGAGAAAUGAAACAAAAUACAUCCCCAGAAAGCAGUAUUGAAACAGGGAAGCAUAUUAAUAUCCACCUAAGGUUAGUGAAGCUUCUUAUAAUUACAGUUUAGGUUGAUCGGGACUGGUGCUUAAAUUUAAAAUAGGGGAGAGUAAGUAAGGGGUAAGUUGACCAUAGGAGACCACUUUUUUUGUCAUGCUAUAUUAUCAAGAUUACAGUUCUGUUUACUCUCAUUCUGUUGGUUUUCAGGGAUGAACAACAUCCUGAAACAUAUGCAGAUACACUAGUUAGAGACAAAACUAGGAUUGACUUGAUGUAGUGAUCCAAAAUAUGAAAAUGGCUCAUCUUACCCCACUCCCCUCUACUGAAAUAUGAGGAGUGGAAAUCAUAAGCUAAGUUGUCAUACAGGCCCGUGAUUCAUGAUAGUAUCAUGAUUCAGCGGUUCUGUGAAAAGUGAGAAACUGCAAGACACUUUUGUAGUGGUACAUCAUGACAUCUGAUAGCCUGGUGUUUCCAGCUUAUAUUUAUUUCUGCUGGCAGGUAAAACAGUCCAGAGACACUUGGCUAGAUUCCUGAUUAACUGAAGAGUGGAAAACAUCCCACUGGGAUGAAAAACUAACAUUGUAGUACGCUUUCUUUCAGUCAUAUUGUGAUUUGAAAAGAAUAUGUACAUUUUUUUAUAUUAUACUUAAAUACUAAAAAAUUAACAAUGGUGUGUUUUAUUUGUGACUUUAAAUCCAUUUCCUCUAAAAUCAUAAAACUUUUGUCUCAUUUUACCACACUUGAUUCAGCCCUUUACUGACACAAGGUCAGCACAAAUGUACAAAAUUUGGCUAAAAUAAUUUAUAAUUUUUUUUUUACACCUGACUACAUCCAGCAAACACUUUUAUUUCAGAGAUAAAUUUUGAUAUUUGGUACAAAAAAACAGAUCUUGUUGCUUGGUAUAUCUGCAGUGUUAUAUUAGUGUAAAAUAUCUCGGUAAUUUACCAAUAAAUUGACAAACUACAUCAGAAGUUCUUUGGCUUGAGAGUUUUAGAUAGUUGUCACAAGUAGUUUGAGAGCGAUCUAAGCACUGACUAUUCAGAGGUACUUUAUUAAGGAAGUAUGAAUAUUCCCCUCCACCUUCCCCUACACAAAAAUGAUAGAUUGAAGUUGGUUCGAGUCCAUAUUGAGACCACACUUACACUGUUAUGUGUACAAUAACAGUAUAAGUUAAUUAACAGCAUUUAAAUCUUUAGCUAAGACAUAUUUACUCUCUUGUAACUGUUAAAGAAAAAGUGUUUUUUAUCAAAUGAUUGAUUCAACAAGUCUGCCUUUUGUUCCUUAGAUGAUUCUGCUCCUAUCCCUGCUGAUCUCCUGUCUGCCACUAGGGGGCGACGCCUCACCAAUCAGCUGCUAUAACGACCAGGGAGAAGCAGUUGAUUGGUAACUCAUUGAAAAUACUUCAUAACACCAGCUUUGAAACUUACACUUUGUGGUUGAUUUUAAUCAUGUUAAGUGAGUUUUUGUCUUUUCUGUUUUAGGUUUUAUUUGUACAAACUACCAAAAGAACAUGGCAAGAAGUCUCCCCAACAGGGUGAGCUGUAUUUACUGCUGGAAAAAGGGAGCGACGGAUGGACUAACGGGAAAGGAACAGUGAAUGACACCACUGGAGCUCUGGGGAGGACAGUGGGACAAAUGUACUCACAAGAAAAGGUCUGCUUCUUAUUUUCUGCUGCAAAAACAAAAGAAAAUUUUACAUGAGAAUCAGAGGUUACAACACAGUUUUACAUCCUCUUUCAGUCAUGGUUUUAUAGAUACAUUAUUAAUGCAAAAUGAUCAUUUCAUAGACUUUCUAUAUGUUUGAAUUAGAGGUAUUUUAUUUCUAUUAACCCCAUUUCAAACGCCCUCAUGAGUUCUGGCCUUUGUAGCACUUCUUCAGACACUCAUGAACAGAUGUCAUUUAUUUUGAACCAGGUUUUGCUUCUAGAAAUAAUUCUUGAGAUGUGACAAAAUUCGACAGAAUCAGAAACUGAGAAUGAGAACUGAAAGUCACUCGUAAAAACGGAUAAAUACGGAGUCGGUCUGUCUGAACAGCUGUGAGUGCGGUCACACCGUGGUUUCAACAGCAGGUCCAUGCAAAACAGAAGCUUUUUCUUUGUUCACACGAACUUGUAAAUGUCAAGCUGCUUUAUUUUGCUGUGUGUUAGAGCUGUAUGUUGGCCUAUUUUGAUGGUUUUUACUAUAAUGACUUUAUUUCCCCUCACAGAACACAGAGUUUGCAUACAUCCUUUACAAUGACCAGCCCCCCUCUCCGGACUUGGGUGACAGAUGGGUCCCAAACAGUGGGCACAAAGGGGGUCACACAAAAGGUAAGGACCAGAGCAGGUUCCCUCGAAUACUGUAACAGCUCAGGAGGCUCUCAGAGAAUUGACAUAAUACUCAAAACAGUACAAAACCAGCAAAUACAACAAGUCUAACACAAGAGAGUGAACUGUUCAGUGUAUGUUUGUUGUCUUUCAUAGCCCGGUCCACAUUAACGCUUCAAAAUCUCAGCUUCUCUGUUCGGUUCAGACUGUCAUUAAGGUCAUAAGACGACUGAAAACAACUUUAUUCCAGUAAAUAUAUGAGCAGUCUGUUCUUAAGCAAGCACAGCCAGUGUUGUCUGACCCCUCGCUCAUCCUCCUCUCUGUAUGAGCGCCUACCUUCUGGCAGAUGAUACAGAGUCCCCCUAAUGUAAACUGAUCUUCUUUAAACCGUCUUUGUGCCCACCUGGAUCAAAAUGUUAAACAGUGUUUCUUGAGGCAGAAAAUAUCAUUAUGUUCUUAUUUUUUACGUGUUUGUCUUUCUCUUAUUUAUGAAGCGGUAGCUCGGUAAUCUGCAGUAUGUUUUUCUUUUGUUUGUGGUCUUCUUGGUCUGGGUUCUUGGUUUUUUUGUAUGUGGUUUAUUGUUUAUGGUUUUUUUGGAAAUGUUUUAUUUAUUUAUUUUAUUUACUGGUUUUACUGUUAAGCAUAUAAAGCACUUGAUUCCCAGAGAAACGUCCAAAAAGGAGAAUAAAAUGUAUCAUGGUGCUUUGCAUCUUACUGGAUUAUACCGUAUCAAGACCAAUCCUAUUAUAUUGUGUUGCCUCGCGUCAUACCUUAUCAUAUUGUACAGCACUGACCGUGUUGUAUCGUAAAAACAGUUGCAGAAUAAAAACAAAAAAACUGAUGAGGAUCUCAAGCAUCAGUAUCAAAAAUUUAUGAGGCAGACUCUGGUUCAGAUUGCACAUUUAUAAUUAACUAUAAUUAAUGUUUUACUACUACAAUGUUUUAUGACAAAGUGAACACCUUAACGAACAUUAACCGUUAGCACUAGAUCCAAACAGGACCCUGUGAAGGUUGUCUGCGGUCCUUUUUUUAGACUUAUUGCCUUUACUUUGUAAGAGAGCGAGGAGCGACAGGGCUGGCCAUACGAGACAUAACCUCUGUAUUUCAUGGGGCACAUGUGAAGAUUGUUUGGCCUGAGGAGGCUGCUGUUCAUUUAUUUAUUUUUAAACUUUCUUUUCUUAGAUUUUGAUUUUUUUAACAUAACAAACAAACAAACAAACAAACAAGCAUAUAAACAAAGAACCAUAAAACAGAAAGUACGUUGAGAAUAUGAUUGAACAGACAGGUUGGUCUGGUUGACACGGGUCAUAAAAUGGUACAAGUUGGAAUGAUGAUUCACACAUCCAAGAAUAUGAAGUCAGUCUUUCCCAGAACCUUGUAUACUUAUCAAUCUGUAGUCUACAUCACCAAACCAACCGUUUUUUAAGAGCGUUACCUUUGGUUUGUAAUUCUGGAUGAAAAGUGUUGAACUUUCUAACCUUGAACUCACUAUCGGGGUAUAAAGAUGAUCUUUUCCGCUGACUGUUUCGAUCUCUCUGCUCCUCAGGCGUGGUCUUGCUGGAUAAAACUCAGGGCUUCUGGUUGGUCCACAGCACCCCUCAGUUUCCCCCAGUGCGACAGGAAGGACGGUUUUCUUACCCCAGCAGCGGCGAGAACAACGGGCAGAACUUCAUCUGUGUUACCUACCCCCUCGAGCGCUUCCAGACCAUCGGUAAGACUAAAAACCUGAAUUAUGAAGAAUCAACACGUUCACAGGAAUGUGGUUAAAACUCUGCGUCUGGGCUUCUUCAUAACGAUUUUAUACCUCUUAUCAUAACAGCCAAUCGUGAACUCCCCUGCUGAUAUAAUAAAAACUCCACAGUGAGGAAGUCAAUUGAAGCCCAUUAAGUUCAUAAUCACAUGUAAUAUAUCUCAGUGUUAACCCGCUAUUGAUUGGUCCAUUAAAGAGCUGCUUUGUAAAAGCAAGUCUCCCACAAGGCUGUCCUCAUGGGUGCUGUUUGGAAAGCUCACCACAAACCCUGAUAAAUAUUCAUCUUUUUAUCGUGUAAAAAAUACCGCUGAUGUCCCCCGUGUGAAUAAAUAUCAGGUGAAAAGAUAUAGAAUCAAAGCAGAGCGGUUUGAGUACACUGUGAGUGAUUUCUGUCUCAUCUAAAGGGACGUUUCCUCCGUCAUUACGGUCUUGUUGUCACCCCGUACUUAAUAAUCCGGUCAGGUGUUGACGGAACAACAAUCCAGAUCCAGAGUAAUCAGCGCGAACAGGUGUCAUCACCACGACACUGUGUUGUCUGUGCAGUUCCCUGGCAGACCCAGCAGUUGGCACAGUUGCUAUGGCAGUGCCUGGGGUAAUGUAAUUAGACUGAGGUAUGUUACCAUAGAGAUACGGGCCCUCACACUGCGGCACGCGCGUGCUCCAUCAGAUCUGUGUCUCUCCAGCUGGGACGCUGAGAGUGUGACGGUGUCCGGGGUGACAUGGAUGUACAGAGAACGGAAUAACAGACGGCGAGCGCAGCCGCAGCCUUGACGCGUUUCAUUUUGGAGCACCUUGCAGCAUCAAUUUGCACAUUAAUGAGGGGAAACUGAGAUGUGACAGAGUUCAUGAUUACAGCUUUCUGAAUGUGUGGCUGGUUAAACCGUCUCUAUCAGGGAUGUAAACUCGCCAGUGUUUAAAUUUGUAUAAUUACUGAGAUAGAUGAGCACAAAUAUUUAUAUUUAAUUAAGUUUUAAAAAAGUUAAUCAACUAUUUAAUUAAGAGUUAAAGCCACAUAUUGAUAUGUGUUUUAGUAGGUAUAAUACUGACCAUGUUUGACAGCCUUUUAUGGUCAUAUUUUAGUCGCGAUGUAUUAAAAACUUGUAAACCGCAAAUUCGGUAGAAAGAUCAGCGAUAUGCAGGUUGUUGAACACGUCCCAGCAGCGCCGUAAGAGGACAGACGACAUGAAACAGUUUAAUGAAAUCAAAUCCCAGAACUUAUUUGACAGAAAGAGAUUAAAAACUUUAAAGCAGCAGUGCAAAAAAGACCCCUCUGCAUCUCUAAUUUACAGUGUAAUUCCCUAUAAUGUGAAGGUCUGUUACUCCUCUGUCAUCUGCCCUCACAAUGUCACCAAGACAGCUCUAUUCAUUUACACUGCUAAACAAAUAGAGAAGUCGUUGAGUGCUGUUCGCAGCGUUUGUCUUAAAUCUAAUUUGUUUUGCGCCACAGGAGAACAGCUGCAGAUCAAUCAGCCUAAUGUGUACGACUGUGACGUCCCGGAGUCCUUGGCUUCCCUGGUGCCGGCGCUGGCCGCUGUCUGUAAGAAGAAACUUCUGCCCGGCGCUCACAUCUCUCCACACAUCAAACCUGUGGCCAAUCGCAGCGUGACUCUGACCUCCAAAGGCGGCACAGACUUCAUCAGUUUUGCCAAAGGGGCUUCUUUUGACAACGGUAUGACUUUCAGAUAAUGAAAGGAAUUGAAAGUUUGAUCUGGCUGCUGCUCACGUAGUCUCAGCUUCACCUUGGGUUUAUUUUUAGCUCUAAAUGAGCUCAUGUUACAGGUACAAUGUCUUAUUGUGAUCCUAACACUCUUCAGAAAGCUCCUGAACAGAAAAACUAAAUGUAAAUCCUCUUUCUGUGCCUCACUAGACCUGUACCACUCCUGGGUGGCCCCCACACUCCAGUCAGACCUUCUGGUCCAGUUCUGGGUUCGCUCCACAGGAGUCCUCCCCUCCGACUGCUCAAAGGGCUGGAAGGUCCUGGACAUCAAGCUCAUCGACCCGGGCCAGACGUUCACUUUCAAGACCAGCCAGGAUCACUCCAAGUGGGCUGUCAGCACUGAGGCGGCUGGGUCAGGUCCUGGAGGAGGCUGGGUUUGUGUGGGGGACAUAAACCGGAACGAGGCGGAGGAGAAGCGUGGCGGCGGUACGGUGUGUCUGCGCGAUCCUGUGGUGUGGAAGGCGUACCGGACCGCGGCGCUGCAGUGUGAGGAUUGUGGAGGAGAGACAGUGAAGUGUUGACGACCUGAUGGAGGAAGGUGGGUCAACUGGGCUUCAGUAAAGGAUCACCAGGGGGUAAAAAGAGGGAGAUUAUACUGGACACGGGUGAAAGCUUGGUGCAAUGUUUACAUGUCUUUUAAUGUGUGUUAAAAUCUAAUUUAAAUGAUCAUAUUUUUGCACUUAAAUACAAAAAUGAAAAAACUAUCUCCAGUGAAAUUGGAGCUCAAACUGACGGCAGAAAACUGAGAUUUCAUUCCUCUCGCUAAAAAGCUGAUCAGAAAUGAGAAAAUCUAUUUUUCAGGGGCCUCUGAGGCACCAUUUUACCGGGUCAUUCACAAGUUUGAAGUGGUUGUUGGAAGCAACCAAGAGCUGUUACAUCGUCCUCUUCAAACGAAAUCCACACCGAACAACACUGGAAGAGUAGAAGUAGUAAAACUGACAAGAGGUGAAGUGCUUCACACCGACAUACAGAGCUCACUUUACAACAACACAAAAACUGAAAAGUGAGACUUUUAAUGAAAACAUUUGUUCAAGUGUCUCCAUGACUAACAGGUUUUAAUUCACCUGAAGAGAAAAUACUGGAAACUUUAUGAGUGCUGCCUCACUGACUCCAAAUGUUCCUGUUCAAAUCAGUCGUUGGUUUGUUGAUGUGAUCUCAGGGAGCGAGUUAAAUGAAACUGAAUAAAAAAAAUGUAUGAAAUGAACUUUAAAACCCUCAAAUCCUACCAUGAAUACUGUCUGAUUUCUGCUCAGACUGUCUCCUUCCUCUUAAUAUCAGACAAAUUCACAUGAUGAGGACAUAAAUGAAGAUAUUACAACAAAACAAUUCUGUUAAAUACUGCCAAAUAUAUCAUUGUUGACAUUUAUCUCAUCGCAAAAUAUUUUCUAGUUUAUGAAUUCAUUCAAAAUCCACUUGGGACAUGUUCCCGGCUAAGAUAAUCACGCUAAUAAGAGAAAUUUGUCUGGUAUAAUUGCUGUUUUUAUAAUCAAAGUUCAAAUGCAUAAAUAAACCACCACUUAAUGGUACGAGCAUAUAUAUCGCCCAUCAGCUGACCCUCUCUGUGUUGACAAACUGAUACCUGACACCCACUUUUUAAAGCUCCCAUAAGGAGCUUUCUGUUUCUACCAAUUUUGGCGCCCCCAUGUGGACAAAACGAUGCAGAUGAUCCUUUCUUGUACGAAGAUAGAACGUGUUUUAGCAGAAAAAUCCCAUCCUGCUUUGCUUCAACAGUCUAUUUGAGUAUUUGUUUGGGGAACAGGAGGUCAUCUACACUUGGCUGUCAAUCAUGUGGUCUGACGCCUAACCCCGGUUGAAGCUCGUCUCUGAGGUCGUCUCAGCCUGCUUCAUAUUUAGCUAAAACCCCCUACUGGAGCUUUAAAGUGCCCGAGAUGAGGACAGUUUAAGUUGUAGUUUCUUGAAAAAGAAGUCAAACCUGGACUUUGUGAGGUGAAUUUGAUCAAUAUAAAGAAUCAGGAGAUAUUUUGACUUGUAAAUCAGUCUGAAACAGUUGGCAGGAUCUGAGAUUUUAACAGUGUUGAUAAUCGCUGGUGGAUUUCUGUGUUACAGCCACAUGCGCACACAUACUUCUGUAAUUAACCUGACUAUUAUGAGCAUUAUAAUUAUUAUUAUAGGUGCUUUUUCAUUACAAAUAAGCUUUUUUUUAACCUAUCCAAAUCUCUGUUCGGUUUUCCUGUCAUGUAACAUCUUUACACACAUUUAAACUCAUUUUACUCAUAAUUUUGUUUGGAAAUAAAGAUGCUGGCUAUCUUCAAACUUCA